AUGAGGUGCACUUUCUCGGCUGAAAAUUUGGCGAAGUUUGCGAGCGGUUUCAGCGAGGUCUACGUGUCGCCGGUGAGGGGCGCCACGCCGCCAGCCCAGGCGACGGGGGUCCCGCCGCCGCCAUUUUUACGAGCUUGUUUACCUCGCACCGAGUGGGCCGCGGUGUGGUGCAAGUCAAAGAAGGUGCGAGAUGCCUCUAGCGAUUCAAUUAUAUCG